AUGGCGCUUUGCGCCAUCCAUAGACGUUGUACCGAAUAUGCUACCUCUCAGAAUUCAAACAAUCUAGAAAAUUAUACCACACCCAAACAUCAAGACGAAGAUGAUUCACCAAAAGAAGAUCACCAACGAAAGAAAUUCGCUCGGAAACACUAUCAUACAAAACAUGCCGACUAUGCUCCUGUCAAGAGUAGUCCAUUAAGUAGCAGUACACCAUGUAAACCGAAAAGGAGUUGCCAACGAAAGCGUCAGCUUUACUUUCAGCCGACAAACAGGAUGAUGUCUAGCAAUAACGCUAAUGGAGACGAACAAUGUGAUCCUGAUGAUAUCGUUAUGGCUACCAGCCCUCUUGAACAGCCACUUUUCAAUGAAGAGGACUUUCCGACACUUGAUGAUAGUACAUCUUCAUUGGACUUUUCGUGGAAUAAUAAAACCGCUGAAGUAAGCAAAAGCUGGGCAGAUCUUAUGGACGAGGAGGAUCUACAUAAGAAGGCUACUCCGGAAGGACGUGAAAGUUUGUUAGCGCGAAAAAUCGCUAAUAAAAAGAGCAAAUUGAAUGGAACACGACGCCGUUUACAUUUAUCGGAAUUCGGAUCAUUUGAAGAUGAUUCAAAAGCCAGUGUUUCUCCUCCUCCAAAAGGGUUGAAGAGACAGGAGAGGACGAAGGAUCAUCCUAGGACACCAGAUAAAAAUAUUAAAGUUAGCAGACGCUCCUUUGACAUGCAAAUUAAACUCUGGAGGAAGAAAUUACAUGAAUUUGAUCCACCAGAAAUCAAGCAAGUUUGGGAAACGCAACGAAGUAAUGAAGAGUUUUUAAGUUUGCCACUGGACUGUAAUGGCGAUAUAAUGAUGAGUGAUGCUAACGAAACUGAUAGGCAAGUUUGA